AGGGCUAGGGAGAGAACAGGUCAGCAAUGCAAGGCACCAAACAUCAACGGACUCCGAACCGCAAACAAACAGAGAGAAAGAGCGUGGGUCACAACAGAGCUGAAGAGAGUCUGGAGCUGCUGGACGAGUGCGAGACAGAAGCAUACAGAGGGGCUGGAGAGACAGGAGCUUGAAUACAACACAGAUACUCAGGGAGUGGGGAACAGAUAGUGGGGGAAAUUAGAAAAAGAAGUCUGUAUAGAGAGAAAUACAGAGACUCACAAAACAGAGGAACAGCAAGAAAAAAGGAGAAACAGGGGAGAAAAAAGAGAAGGCCACAGAGUGCAAAACAGGGUAGGUCUGCGCGUUGAAGUGAGAGGAUAGUUGGAGAAAACGAACAGUGCGGAACAGGAAAAAAGUGUGUGAGAGAGGGAGAAGGGAUGAGAGAGUAAGGGAGCAGGGGGCAGGACAGGAAGAAAACAGCCAGAGAAAAAGAGGGAGUCUGUGAACCAAAAAAAUGCUGAUUUAACAGGGGCCGGAGACAAAGCCUGCAGGAUGAGAGGAAGCAUUGAGGGAGAGACAGAUCCAGGCAGCCACCGCUCUGCGGUCACCAGCAAGCAAUAAAAAUCACAGAAUGGACUGAGACAGCGAGUGCUGGAGAGAGAGCGGCACACCAAAAAAGGGCUAAAGCCUGCCUUCAGAGCGAGGAAGGCUCGACCGGGGCUCCGCAGUGUGUGGGGGGGCCCGAGGUGAUAGAAAACAAGGAAAAAAAGAGGGGAAAAAGAGGCACCCGUGGCAGAGAGGAGGGUAAGGGUGUGAGAAAGGUCAGGGCCGCGGUGGGGUGGCCCAGUCCCCACGGCGUUCUCUGGCUGGACGGGGAAGGCCGCUGCCACAUCCAAAACCAUGGGACGCCCCAGCCACUGAACCCAGAAACAUGUCUGGGGGAUCCUGCCCCCGAGAGGGGGUGCUGCAAAGCCCUGGCCCCGUGGGGCUGCAGACACUUCUGGACCUACUGGUGGGGGUCUACGAGGAAUUUCGGGUGUCCCCCCUGGCUGGGGAGAAGUACGUCGCGGGAUUCCUGCAAUGGGCUGGGCCCCUGGUCCAACAGGUGAAGAAGACCCGCCUCCAGAGAGACGACUUUGAAAUCCUUAAAGUGAUCGGCCGCGGCAACUUCAGUGAGGUGGCUGUGGCAAGAAUGAGACGGACCCAGCAGGUGUACGCCAUGAAGAUCAUGAACAAGUGGGACAUGCUGAAACGAGGAGAGGUGGCCUGCUACCAGGAGGAGAGAGAGGUGCUGGUCAGAGGGGAUCGCCGCUGGAUCACAGAGCUCCACUUCGCCUUCCAGGAUGACAACAACCUGUAUCUUGUGAUGGAUUAUUACGUUGGAGGGGACCUGCUCACCCUGCUCAGCAAGUUCGGAGAUCGGAUCCCCGAGGAGAUGGCCCAGUUCUACCUGGCAGAGAUGGUGAUGGCGAUCGACUCUGUCCACAGGCUAGGCUACGUGCACAGAGACAUCAAGCCUGAUAAUAUUCUGCUGGAUGCUCAGGGUCACGUGAGACUCGGUGACUUUGGCUCCUGUUUGAGACUACAGGACAACGGGCUGAUCCACUCUUCGCUGGCAGUGGGCACCCCCGAUUACCUCUCUCCAGAGAUCCUGCUGGCGGUGGAGGACAGCACCCGCGGGUACGGGCCAGAGUGCGACUGGUGGUCCAUGGGCAUCUGCGCCUUUGAGAUGUUCUUCGGCACCACGCCAUUCUACGCCGACUCCAUCACCGAGACCUACGCCAAGAUCAUCCACUUCCAGGAGCACUUCGAGUUCCCCAGCACGGACCCCCCGGUGUCGGAGGACGCUCGCGCCCUGAUCGGGGGACUGGUCUGUGAGCGGAGCCAUCGGCUGGGUGCCGGCGAGUUUGAGGACUUUCGGGGGCACCCGUUCUUCGCAGGCAUCGACUGGGACACCCUCCGGCACUGCCAGCCACCCUUCCAGCCCGAGGUGUCCAACGCCACCGACACCUCCAACUUCGACGUGGUGGACGACUGCCUGAGUGAUGUGGAGACUCUGAGUGAGGUGCUGGAGGAUUCACCAGCAGGGGUCCACCUGGCCUUCGUGGGCUACUCCUACACCGCCACCAAUGGGGGAUCUGUGUCUUCCUGCAGAGAGACGGGGGCCCAGGACCGCAGUCAGGACAUCAUGAUGGAGAUCGACAGGCAGCAGCUGACUGAGGAGGAGAGCCUGCUAUUCCAGGAGAGGCUGAGUCAGGUGUGGAGGCUGAGGGCAGUGCUUCCUGCUGAGGUGCCCGAGCUUCUGGAGCUCCCCCUAGCGCUGGGGCAGAGAGCCGCGGGGCCAGUUCGCUGCCAAGAAGAGAUGGACGUGAGCACCAACCAAAACGUCGAUCUGAAGAGUCGUCUAGAAGAAGCAGAGAAACGCAACUGGGAGUUGGAGGGAGAAAUCGAGAGGCUGAGACUGGAGAUUCAGGGUCUCCGAUCUCCAGGGCACGCAGAGCUGAGAAUCUGCCAGUCUCACCACACUUUGCCUGCCUGGUGUCCGGAUCUCAUGUGGGAUAGUUCUGCGACGCCCUCUGUCUGCCAGUACCCUCUGGUCAUCCCCAUUCAUCGCCACCUGCUGCUGUUCCACAGGGUCCGCUGGCCGCUAGUGAGGACUGAGGGGUACUUGCUCGUGUGUGCAGCUGGCAGUGACCUCCAUGCCUGGUCACGACACUGUUGCACAGAGCUCAGCUGACAACCAGCCAGCAGAAGGACAGAGAAUACGCUGGAUCUCUGCCUUCAGGUCUUUUUUCCCCUCUGAGCGUUUCAAAUCUGCCAGAUUGCCCAGAAGAACGCACAGUAUUUGGGAAAGUGAUCAACAUCUUACGCCCUCACCCUGAAAGCGAAUGAUCUCGAUUCCCUGAAACCCCCACCAAGCAGUCCCCUUUGUGUUCGCACGGCAGGAAGUGCCGGUGUUGAAUUCACGUUGAGCAUCGUCCAAGCUGGGAGAGAAAAACGGACAGUACCUCUCUUUGCAGUGGAGCCGAUUCCAAGCUUGCGAACUGAAGCUGCUCGUCAGGAUUGGGCUUAGGCUCAAUGCAGUUCCAUGAUGCUUGCCACAGACUAGCUGCCUGAAUCCUCGAUGUGCCCCACCUUUUAUUUAAUGUGCACCGAAAAAUGUUCCCCUGCCUCUCUUGAGAGAUCAGCAACACAUAGAGCAGAAACACAUGCACUAAAACACACACACUUGCCAAACAGCAGACGGCUUGGACAUUUUUGAACCACCUCUGGACUCCCUCGUCAGCGGUAAUGCUGUUUUGUGGUCUUGGCUGGUGUUGAACCUUUCUGUAAUGGUGAUGACGAUGUCUUGGUAGGGGUAAGUGGAGAGAGGCUGUCUAAAUGUGUUGGCUUUCGUGGCCUCUUCUUGUACGUAUUUUUGCUUUGGAGGUUUAAAGGGUCAAAUGUGCAUUUAACAGCUCCGGUGAUGGUUGGCAGCUUGGCAAAAAAGGAUGAAAAGCAAAAGAAAUCCUUCAGUGGAAGCCGAGGGGAAACAGACCUGAUUAUUCAGCACUGAGUUGAGCUCCCGUGAUAACAGUUGUCCUACACAGGGUGAGGGAAGGAGUAAUGGGCUUACUUCUUUAUGUCACAAACACUCAGACCUCUGGCACCAAUGAGGCCACGUAGGCAGAGAUCGCUGGGGUCAUGCUUCCUCCUCCUUGGCUCAAGAGCUCAUAGGGUUAAAUUCAGUUUACAGCCCUUUCAUUUUUGGUAUUUUUAUAUCUGCCUGCCUUUAAAGCCGUAAUACUCAGUCAUUUAAAUUCCACAUAGAAGAACAGCAGGGUCUAUUUAAUAGCAAGAGAAACUGAAGCAAUUUAUCAAUGCAACUUAUUUUUUUUACUUUUUGAACAUAAUGCAAUAGAGUACUAGUAAUAAAAAAAAAAAAUUUUGAGGACAAAAAUUAAAAGCAUCACUUCAGUCAAAUUGGGGAAACUGUUUAGAGGGUCCUGUUUAGAACUGUCAAAACACCCAUGUGUCCUUUUUAGGAAAAAUGCCCACUUCAGGCUACAGAGGGAACAGGGAACUCAAAACCGAUUAACAGCACUCCCUGACGUUUCGAUUGAGAAACUGCUUGAAAUCUGUCGAGUUUAAAGGCAGGUAGGUGAAAACAAAAAGAAAGGACCCUGAGAAAAGCAGGCAGGGCUCCGAGCUGGGAAAGGGUCUAGGAGGAUGUGCCUCAUUCUUCACAUUGAUUUCCUUCACCCGGCAGAGAAAUGGGACAGCAAAAUGGGAGGGGUAUAUAGGCUUACGAAUUGAGAAUUUAAAUGUGUUUAAAAUAGUUUUAAAUGAAAAAUUUUCUGUUUAUCAAGUGAAUGAUCUAUUUAUAAUUAUUAUUUAUACAGAAAUGUGUGAAUAAUUAAAGUGAGAUAAAGGUUGCUUCGAACAACACAAGCGGACCUCUUCCCUGAGUGAGAGGUGUCCCGAACUGCUGAGCAUAAAAACGGUAGUAGCACACACUGUCCACGUCUGGCUGGAAGGCUUCUUUACAUAAUUCCUUGGCCAGCAAAAACACUUUCAGAAGCCAAACUGUGAACUUUGCACUACGCUAGUCGCCUGGGGUGUAUAAUCGCAUCAGCUGUAUUUUCCUUGAAAAGCCUGUUUAUAUGUAUUUAUGCACAAGCCCAGCUCACUGUUUGUGGAAUAUGGGAAACAUGGGGGGGGGAACCACAGAUCGCUUUGCCCCAGGGCCUGGGCUCAGAGAGAGGAAUAUUUUUACCAAAGAACAAAAGAAGUUCUUCCGCCCACCUGUUCUGAUUCAGUUUAAUGUCAGUCUAAUUUGAUGUUACACAGGAGAGAUAUAAAGCCCUAACAGGUAAUUACAAGUGAAAAAAAGUAGCUCUUCACAUUCAUUUAGUACUUAUUGCAAACCUCAAUUAUUGGCACAAUUUGUUUCCAGGUGCAAAUGGAAGUAUUGCUGUGCUAAGACUUGAAAAUCCAGAUGUAGGGGUGAGUCUCCUGUAUGUCACAAAUCAUGCUGCCUGCAAACCAAGUAUGAAACACAAAUUACACGAUAAACAGGUUUAUUUAAAACACAACGAACUGCCGAGAUUCCUCUUAGUAAGCAGAAAGUCUGCAUUACUGAAAAAGCAGCUUCUUUAUGACAUGGAAUGUGAAUGGUUAUUUUUGCAGCUUCGUAAACCUUUAGAGCAGGAAAGAUUACUCAACCUUACAAUCUAUUAUAGUGCAGGUCUUUGAUAUAAUCAGCUGCUCAAUUAGUACUGCCGCCAAAUCAUAGAUUUAACUAAACAAAUAUCUGGCUGUAUGAAAAUACUGUGGUGUAAUUAAUCUGAAGGUCUGGUAUUGAACAACCUCCUGCUCUAUGAAGUGCAGAAAUAGACAAAUCCUGUGUCUUAAAUCAGUGUAUCCAAUACGUUCCCUUUGAAAAUGCUGUGAAGACGCAACUGUCUAUUCUGUAUGUGGCAAGUCUAGCCUGUGUACAAAUAUAAAUCUUGUGCAAUAUUAAGAUAGACAUGCAUGACAAGGACACACUAUUUUAUGAUAAUACAAAAAUAAUAUAUUGUACCUUUUAUUUUUUUGAAUGGGGUUCUUUUAUAAGGCCAUUCGCAUACUAUAAAAAUAAAAAAAUAACUAGUUUCAUGUAUUUGAUAACUGCACUGUUGGGGGCUGGGUGGUCUUGAGUUCAUUAUCUUUCUAGAGACUGGUUAAUUCUGGGGACUUGUCAGGCACUUCUGAGCUGACAUCACCCCUCCUAAGUCACUUAUCCACUGUGGAACUUGAAGCAUGAAUAAUGAUGUAUUUAUGUUGCAUGAUCUCUAUCUCCUCUGUGCUGCUAUAAGAGUCAUAUAUAGCAUGUACAGCUGUGCUAAUUCUGAGCUGGUGAUUCAAAUAACGGGGUAUAUAAAAGGGCUUGUCAGCUGUUUAAAUUCUCUAGUCUGCCAGCAAAGGAGAGGAAUGGAGUAUAAAACCAUUUUGUGCUUUAGCCAUGUAAACACAAGUUCUUCAUAAGGAUGCCAAAUCUGUGCCCUUGCAGCUAAUUUCUGAACUGAAAAGAUGUCUAUAGCAGGUUUGUCAUAGUUUUUCAAAAGGGGUAACCCUCUCCGUUUAAUCCGUUCUCUUUACCAUAGUGGAAAUCAUUAAAGUUCUCGAGAAGACAGAUUCAUUCAAAUAGCACAUCAGAUGUUAACCUAACGUAUGUAUGGUUUGUUAAAGAAUAGCAUUAUAGCUUUGAAGAGCAUAUUGGUUUGGAGGGUAUUUGUUUAAGAAACUGUAGGACAGGAGAGCUCUAGUCCAGUUAGUCAUACAAGUCACUUGAAAUCACCUGUUUUUGUACAGAUGAAGAAUACUUGUAAGCCAUAGAUCUACUAAGUAAUUUUUUCAUUUAUUGGAACUCUGGACCUGAAACCUAAAAGUUCUUGGAGUUUUUAUUCCAAAUAAUUUCUAAAUAAUUUAACCAUUCACCUUUUUAAUCGAUCAUGGUUAAAUUGUUUCAUGUCUGUAGGAACUGAUGAUUUCAUGUUUAUCUAUAAAACCCUUUUGGAGCUGAAGUUCUUGUGGUAGGAUCUCUAUGCCAAGCUAAGCCUCUAUGCUAUUGAGGCGAAGAGGUUUGUGAUUCUGUUUAUGUACUAUAACCUAGUGGCUUUUCAUUAUAAGGGCAAAAAGCUUGUAGUAUAUUCUUUAAGUAUUUAAGGUUCUUCAAACAAAAACUGGUCUGGGCUAUAAAAAUGUAAGCUCUAUUAAUGAGCUAUUUUUUAUUCCUUCACCGUCAGAGUACCUGAUUCCUGGUGGAAAUCACAGCAUCCUGGAGCCUGUCCAGGAAGCAUAGGCCCAGUGCCAGAUUACACCCAGGACACUAAUGCAGGGGACACAUGCAUAUUUAGAGACUUCUGACAGAAUGCCUAUGAGAAAUGGAAGGAAACUUGGAGAAAACCCACUUGUAGGUACUGAGAACAGGUCAGUUCCCUGACCACAAGGUCACAGGACCAGUAAACCAACCACACUAUGGAGCUGCCCAGUCAUCCCCAUUUUGUACCCAUUUAAUAUUUGAUCCCAGGAUCUUAUCCAGCCAUUUCUUGGCCUUUGUCCUUUACAGUGAGGCCCCCUGCCAUUAUUGUGUGCUUGAAGGCCAUACUAAACAUCUUAAUGUUAGU